AUGUCGACUACAAGAGAUGGUCGUUACAGUGCUGGCGGCCUUCAGCACCGAAAAACUCUGCCACCAUCCCUAUCAAGACCGACAUCUUCCCAAAUUGCCAACAACAACAACAGCUUGAAAACAAAACAAACUUUUUUGGAAUAUAAACAUGAAAAUAGAAUUACCAAAGAUCAGUUACAACCACAAGCUGUUCUGAUUAGCAAUCGUAGUGAACGUCGAAAAUCGAAAGUGAACAAUGACUAUUCAGCCAGAAAAUUUGAUGAAUCUGCAGCAACACUAGUACAAGUACAAGUGAACCACGACACGAGCAACCAAGAUAACUCACUUCCAUUAAAAAUUUUUAACGGCACGAAAAAAGCAAUAACUGAUAGUGGUUCUACACCUGAAGAUCUCGAAGAGCGUGGUCUAAUUCAGAAAAUCGAAGAGUCUAUAAAGCAAUUGCGCAAUGCAGACGCACUUCUUGCCGAUAAAAAUGUGAACACUACAGUUCUUACUAAUCUUUGUGCAUCCACAAACCAAUUGAUAUCGAAUAUCCAAUUACUCCAGCAAAAUGUAAAUGAUAUUGCCGUUCAUUUGAAAAAACCAGUUGGUUCCAAAGAUGCAAUCGAUACUAUUCGUAAAGCACUUCGCGCACUUCCCAAAGAAGCAAAGAGUCAACUCAAAAUACGACAAGAAUGGGAUAUGAAGAAACUCUAUGCUGAAGUUUUCAAAGUUUCAUAUAUGCGAAAUGAACUUCGAACGUCGGCUCAAAAAGUAGAUAAAGCCACAAGUGCAGAUGCUUCAAAAGACGAAGUAAACUACUACACUGUGCAUACAACUGCAUGUGAUAUUGACAAAUCUUUGCUUGAUGAUAUCCGUGCUAAAGUACAAGAAUGUUCCGCUUCACAAUUAUCUGUUUUACUAGCACGCUACAUGCUCGAAUUGGGAGAGUAUCGUGCAGUACGAAAGUAUCUCACAGGACUCUGCUCCGAAAGCACUGGCAUACUUAAAGAUGAUCCUACGUUGCCCAGUAUUUACAAUUGUUUAGGUAUGACAUUUUCUCGUCAACGUCUUUAUGCCGACGCCAUUGAGUAUUACAAGAAAGCGUUGGAUUGUCAAGCUCGAAUAGGAUAUUCCAAUAAUAAUGCUUUGGCAGAAAUUUAUAACAAUAUUGGUCUCUCAUAUAUUGGACUUAAACUCAUGAAUGAAGCGCAGGCGACGUUUGAAGAAGCCGAACGCAUUCAAUUACGUGAGCCCUUGAGUACACGUCUUUAUCUAGCCUCGAUCUAUGGCAAUAUUGCUUAUGUUCAUUAUGCCAAGAACGGUGCCGAACAAAAUCUCGAAGAAUCCGAAAAUUAUUUUGAAAAAGCUAUUAGAAUGUACCAAAAGUCGACAAGUAAGAUUACACAUGAUGCAAUCGAACGUGAAUUACUCAAAGCUGAAUGCUACUCAAAUUAUGGCCAUUUACUCAGUGUCAAGAAGGCUGCUGAUGCUCAGGAACGUUAUAAUGAAGCGCUAAAAAUAUAUAAGAAUAAUUUGCCUGAAGGAGACCCAAAAUUGAUGCGUGCAUACAUGAAUAUCAUGAUGGAGCACGCUCAUCAUCGUGCUUAUGAAAAAGUGAUUGAACUAUAUGAGGAUACAACAUUCAACGGUCUUAUAAAAAAACAAGCAGAAAAUUUAUUUGCUUUGGACAAAAUGGUGACACUAGAAGAUCUAAUUAUUCUCAUUCAAAUUGUUGGAGCUUGUUAUAUACAAUACACACAACGAUUCUUCAAAGCAAUGUCCAUUUGGAUUCGAGCGUACGAACUCGAGCGAAAGGCGAAAUUAGUUCAGUUACUUUCAUCUACUGAAACUCCAACGUUACAAUGGUCGAGAAAACUUAUUGACAUUGCUUAUAACAAAUCUUAUACAUAUUUCAUGUCUGAGCAAGUACAGAUGCCUACAAAUGAUGAAGCUCUUCUAAAGCAAGAACGAAUAUUAUCAGGAAGAGCUAAAAGGUAA